AUUAAUAAGUGAAUAAUAUGUGAAUGUGUAACAAAUGUGAGAUUAAAAAAUAUAAAUGGUAAAGAAAAAUUGUAAUAAUAAUACAGGAGACAUGUGUAGUAAAUGAGAUAUCAAAUAAUGAGGUAAAUACAAAUAGCAAUAAUAAUAAUAAUGCAGACGGUGUUGUAGGCGAGUGACAGGAGCGCAGGAGCGCCGCCCGACCUCGAAGGCCUCAGGUCUGAGUUCAUCCUUGUUGCUUAUUGAUGCAAGGUAGGUGAAAAGCGGAUGUUAUGUUUGCCUAAGGAUAUUUUCUGGAGUGCCACAAGAUGUCAGUGCAUGCUGUGGUGAUUACUGCAGUCAUUGCUGCUAUUGCUAGUUGCUCAUCUAGUGCACAGAUCUGUGAUGGUUUGGGAGAAGUAAUACCUGUUCAACGUUUGUCUACUAAAACAGGAUAUUUUUCUGCAGUAAAAGAUGAAAGUUAUUGGUCACAAUUCAAACAGGAAGUUUGGGGCUGCACAGCAAAGCAGAUUUGGCUGCUCAAUCGCCAUGGAACACGCUAUCCAACAGGCAAUGACAUGGGUCAGCUGUAUGACGUGCUUCCUGGCAUGAGUCAGAGGAUAGUGCAGAACCACAAUCAGGGAAGAGGUUGUUUGACAAAGGAGAGUUUAGAUCAACUUAGUGAUUGGUUCCCUUCGUAUGGGAUCAGAGAAAAGGAACAGCUGCAUGAGAUGGGCUAUGAAGAACAAUUUGCCCUUGGAGAGUAUUGGAGGGAUAUGUUUCCACAGCUCAACAAUGUCUCAUAUGAUCCCCAAAAGUUUAAGAUAGAAUUCACUGUGAAAAACAGGACUGGCCAGAGUGCUUAUCAUUUCCUACGGGGGAUGUUUGGAGAUGAUGCCAUUGGCACGAUAGAACUUCCUGAGCCAUAUAGUCCAAACUUUAUCUUAAGGGCAUAUAAAUCCUGUCCAAGAUGGCUGAAAGAAGUUUACAAAAAUGAAGAAACAACUUACAAGGAAAGAAGGUUAUUUACACAGGGAGAGAUAUUCCAAAGUACCCUCCAUGCUGUUAGUUCCAGAUUGGGUUUUAUGCACCCACUAACACCAAGGGAACUUGAGGCCAUAUAUGAUGAAUGCAGAUAUGAGAUGGCUUGGUGGCCUAAACAAAAGAGUGCUUGGUGUAUGCCAUUCACAAGCUAUGACUUUGAGGUAAUGGAGUACCAUCAGGACUUGAAGUAUUAUUAUGAGGAUAGUUACGGAACUCCUCUUAACUCUGAAACAGCAUGCAGGACUUAUAAUGACUUGUAUUCACAUUUCAGAACUACAAUAUCUCAAGAAGAAGCUAAACCACAAGGGAUAUUUUACUUUGCUCAUGACAAGACUAUUCUCAAGGUUCUUGCUCGUAUUGGCCUGUUUCGACCUUCCGAACACUUGAGACAUGAUAACUUUGGUGAGAUGAGAGACCGUGUGUGGCGUUCAAGCUUUGUAUCUCCAUUCAGUGCAAAUAUUGUAUUUGUACUUUACCAAUGUGGGAUAGAGUUUAAAGUAGGCACGUUUUUUGAAGGUCAGCCUACACCUCUCCCUGAAUUAUGUACUGGUGUAGCUUGCCGAUGGAAAGAAUUGCAGCCAUGGUUGCAUGAAAACUACCAGACCUGUGACUUAAGCCAAAUAUGUAUGAUGCAUGAUGAACUGUGAUUGAUGUGCAGAUUUUUAGAUUAUUUGUAAAGGAUUUUGGCAAAAUAUGAUUGGUAUAGGUUUGUAAAUAGUCUUUCUGUGGGAUAUAUAAUUCAAUCUUGCUAACUGACUAACUGAUGUAUCAUAAUAUUUUUUACACUGAAGUGAUAAAAGAUACAUGGGUAAAUGUUCAUAGAUGUUUGUUGACUUGUCUGUUUUUUGACGAAUUAUUUAUUCUAGUACAAGACAUUUUCUACAGUAAAGAUAAGAAAAUGAAAUACAUUUUUAAGAAUGACUAUU